ACUCUUCUUCCUCCCUCUCCCCGCAGCACCAAAAGCAGCAAGCAAGCAAGUGCACCACGAAGAUAAUCUCUGCUCAGCAUUUGUGCUCGAAAGCCACCUACACACACGUACUAUGGCGGCAUCAGUGGCCUGCUCCUUCUUCUUCGACGACGAGCUGCUCGGCGAGCCCGGCAUGCCGGCGAUGGACGCGUGCGCGCUCUGCGCCAAGCCGCUGGCGGGCGACAGCGACGUCUUCAUGUACAGAGGAGACACGCCCUUCUGCAGCGAGGAGUGCCGCCACGAGCAGAUGCACCUCGACGCCGUCUGUGCCAGGCAGGGCGCGCGGAGGCUGCAGCGGUUCUCAGCUGAGACGGAGUCCCACAGUGGGCAGCGACAGUCCAGGAAUGUGUCCGUCGCGAGCUAACCGGCCGGCCUGGCCAGAGCGCGUGCGUAGGAAAGUUUUGUUUGAGUCGACAAGAUGGGAAUUCUGAAGAAAUAACAUCUGUAUUCUGAAGAACCGUCGAUGUCUCCGUCUCUCCGGCUGGUGCUCUAGCCUGGACCGGUGGAGGCACCAGACGCAGCUUGGCGCCGCCUACGGAGGCAAGUCAAGGCAAGACAGCAGCAUCAGGCGGCACCAAGCAUAGGUGUUUGUAGCUUCCCAUAUCUGUCCAUCGCAAGCUGAUUAAGCUGCCCGGAUGGGAGGAAAUCUGUACUUGUUCUCGGCCGGUCUAGGCUGUGCCAAUGAAUUUGAUUUGGUUGGGAAAGAAAUAGAAAAGGCCAUGGAUCUGAAGAAAUCUAUCAAACAUGAUUCAUAUUUUGUUUUA